AAACAUUUGAAUAAUGCCAUACAACAGAAAAUGGCUUGGAUUCAUAUCACCACAAUUGUAUGCCUUCUUACUGUUACAAUCAGAAAUUCAAACUGCUACCUCUCAAUUGACCGAAUAGUAAACCGAUUAGAUGAUAUGGAGGAAAAAUCAAAUAAAGUCGAUAAUGGACUACAAGAAGAAAUUGCUAAGAUUAAAGAGGAUAUAAGGGAGUUAACAGAAGAGCUCACAGAUGCUUUAAGGCUAGAAAGCAGAUACAGGCGAGAAGAUAUAAAAGCAAUCUAUGAACUUCUACAAGUCAAGGAUAAUAACACAGAAGAAAGUGCGGUACAAAAGUCGAAGAACGCCUUAGACAAAAGUCACGAGCAUGCUUGUUCCACCACAGAGAAUGAAGAACAUUUCAAAAGAGCAUUUCAGGAACACGUACGAAUACAUCAUGGCAAAAUUGACGAACAAUGUGGAAAAAGUUGUGUCUAAGGGUGUUUUGAGGAUGAUGUCUGCUGAAAGUAUGAUCCUUGCAAACCUUUCCGAAUACAUGAAUGAAGCAGAAUUUCGCCAUUUGAAAAAAAUUGAGGAUGCAGAAAUAGUGACAAACGAUGCAAUUAAUGCUCUAAAUAUAACUGUCAAGAACAAUAAAAAACGAGAAACGAACAUGCUCAAACUGAUUGAAAAUAUAACAUCGGAAUUAAAUGAAAUGAGGACUGAUCUUCAUUCUCUUUUGCCCAUUGGGUGUACUACCGUAAAUGGAAUAUAUUCAAUAACAUUGGAGAAUGCAUCACGAAACCGGAUACCAGUCUAUUGUGAUAGAGUGACAGACGGGGGAGGCUGGGUAGUUUUCCAGAGGAGAAAAGACGGUUCGGAGGACUUUGACCGUUCAUGGCUGGAGUACAAACAGGGCUUUGGCCAGCCAGACGGUGAGUUCUGGCUUGGUAAUGAACUGCUGCAUCAGUUUACCAGUGACAAACCGAGGGAACUCAGAAUUGAUAUGGAAGACUUUAAAGGGAAGAAGGCACAUGCCAAAUAUUCUUCAUUCAGAAUUUAUUCUGAAAAAGUAAACUACAAGCUUGAGGUUAGAGGAUACAAUGGGAAUGCAGGCGAUUCCUUAAAUGGAGUUUUUAUAGGCAGUAACGGUGUUCAUAAUAGACAAAGCUUUUCAACAAGAGACAACGACAAUGAUAAUAAUGAAUCGAAUUGUGCAACUUCUUAUCUGAGUGGUUGGUGGUUUAAAAGGUGUUACGAGUCGAAUUUGAACGGCAAAUAUCAUAGUGGGAUUCAUUGGUACUCGUUUAGCAGCGACUGGUCUAAUUUGAAAUUUGUUGAAAUGAAAUUCCGAUAAACAGGCACAUCGAACAUAUGGAACCCAAUCGUAUAUGUGUUCGUGGAUUUCCGGUUUGGGCACUCUGCUCACUAAAUCCUUUCAUUCAUGUUUAGUUUAAAUGCAAAUAAAACAUAUAUUUGGAUUGUAUAUACAGUAAUAGUGUGAUUUCGGAGCGUUGGUAAAUUGUUUUUAUGUUCAGUAUAUCAUUAACCUUUUUUAUUUAGUGUAAAUAUGAAGUUCCCGAUAGUACCCUAUCUUGUAAGUAAAUGUGGUAAAUAUUUUUAAACCAAUCUAUAUAUAAAUAUAUAUUGAUUCGACAGUGCUGUUGAAUAUAUGCAAAUACAAAUUACUUGUAUCCAUGUUUUAAAGUGUAUGUUUCAUUGCAUCAGUGUAUUUCAAAUUCAGCGUUUCACUGUAUUAAGUGUUUAAUCCCUUGUACUGUUAUUUGUUCGAUGGUCUAAUGACAUCUGCAUCGUCACCUAAUAUAAACUGUUAUUUUCUAUAAAUAUUUAGCAUGUAUUUGUCAAGAUUUGUUUAUUAUAACCUAGAAUUAAUAUUUCUUAAUCUAUUUCUAGACGUUUUAGAAUAAAAAUAUAUUUUUAGAAAUUGAGAGAAAGAUUCUGAAGACUUUUUAAUAACGUUGAGGAACAUUUUCAUUUCAUUUAUAAAAGCAAACUUCUCUAAUCCGGGGUCUUGGGAAAAGUUAAAGAUUCUUUAAAAACUAAAAAAAGUAUUUAUAAAAAGUUUUACCAUCGCUAGAAAAGAUCUAAAAGCUUGGAUUCAAUUUGACAUGAUUUACAUGAGGAUUCGGUUUCAAUCCGUUUUUGUGAUUCAUUUUGAAAGUGUUGUUGGAUUAAAUUAUUGCUUAUACGUGUGUUCAAUAUUUCAUGUGGAUAAAAUUAUGCUGACUCUCAAGCAUACCAGGAUCAGAUAUAUUUUGUGAACUUUUGGACAUUAUUCUGUAUUCCAGAUAUUUAAAGUUUUGCAUUACUGUUUUGAAAUUACUUUUGUAAAAUGGUUUAUAUCUUUCUUAAUACAAACCCCUUUCUAAUGAUAUUAAA